GGUGGGGACCACGCGCCCUCGGUUCUGCCCAGGCCUUCUUUCUUACGAGCACCAUUCUCUACCCGCCCACCCCGGAGCUCUUCGGCAGCCCUGGAUAGUGGGGAGGACCACUGAGAGUGCCCGAGAGGCCGGCGCCUUUAAGAAGGGGCGGGUUCGUGCCCUCCAUUCAGGCCUUUUCGGCCUUGGCCAUUGAUGAACCUGCGGGCAGCGCGGGCCCCAGAACCGCGCCAGCCCAUCAGGCCAAGGCCGGACAUGGGCAGGAAUCCGCCUGGGCCCCCAGCAGCCUACGAAGUGAGCUCUUCAGGGGGAGGAGUCUGCAGCGACUGGCCCCUCGGGAGCCGAGAAGGGGGGGACGAGCAGCCGCGGGAGUGACCGUAAGCAUGAGGGCGUGAAUGAUGGUGGGCAAGACGUUCUGAUGCAGGGCGCCUGCCAUGUGCCAAACACUGGGGACACGGCCACUUUUAAGACUGUUAAAAUACCCGCCUUGUGGAGCCGACAUUCCCGGGGGAAGGGGCGAGGAGAGGGGAGAGCACAACCAAGCAAGUGAAUAAAUGCUGCAGAGGGCUGCGAUGGGACGGAAGCCAUGAAUGGUGCCGCCUCCGGCCCCGCCGCCGCCUCCGCCGCCCCAGUCCCGGACUGGCGGCAGUUCUGUGAGCUGCAUGCGCAGGCUGCCGCCGUGGACUUCGCGCACAAGUUCUGCCGCUUCCUGCGGGACAACCCGGCCUACGACACACCGGACGCCGGGGCCUCCUUCUCCCGCCACUUUGCCAGCAACUUCCUGGACGUGUUCAGCGAGGAGGUGCGCCGCAUGCUGGUGGCCGGAGAGGCUGAGCACCCUGAUGCUAUGGAGCCGGAGCCGGUGGCGCCCAAGGCGGCAUCAUGCAGCCACUCUCGGAGCUCCGAGGACGUGUCGGCCCAAGCGGCAGCCAAGGCUCGCGUCCGCAAGGGCUUCUCACUGCGCAACAUGAGCCUGUGCGUGGUGGACGGCAUGCGCGACAUAUGGCACCGGCGCGCCUCUCCCGAGCCUGACGCCACCCCACGUGCCACCGAGCAGCCGGCUGAGCCACGCGACAAGUGGACUCGGCGCUUGCGGCUGUCACGGACGCUGGCGGCCAAGGUGGAGCUGGUGGACAUCCAGCGCGAGGGUGCACUGCGCUUCAUGGUGGCGGAUGAUGCGGCCACGGGCCCGGGAGGCGCCGCCCAGUGGCAGAAGUGCCGCCUGCUCCUGCGCAGGGCCGUGGCAGGCGAGCGCUUCCGCCUAGAGUUCUUCGUGCCACCCAAGGCCUCCAGGCCCAAGGUCAGCAUCCCCCUCUCAGCCAUUAUCGAGGUCCGCACCACCAUGCCCCUGGAGAUGCCAGAGAAGGACAACACGUUUGUGCUCAAGGUGGAGAAUGGAGCAGAGUACAUCCUGGAGACCAUCGACUCCCUGCAGAAGCACUCGUGGGUGGCGGACAUCCAGGGCUGCGUGGAUCCCGGGGACAGCGAGGAAGACACAGAGCUCUCCUGCGCCCGGGGGGGCUGUCUGGCCAGCCGAGUGGCCUCCUGCAGCUGUGAGCUCCUCACGGAGGUGGACCUGCCCCGGCCCUCAGAGACAACGGCAGCUGUGGUGACGGCCCCACACAGCCGAGCUCGAGACGCCAUCAGCGAGUCACUAGUCCACGUCCCACUGGAGUCCUUCCUGGAGACCCUGGAAUCCCCGGGCGGCAGCAGUGACGACGGCAAUAACACAGGGGAGGAGGGAGCGGAGCCUGAGCCCAAAGAGGCACCGGAGCUGGAGCUCGCUGACUACCCCUGGUUCCACGGGACCCUGUCCAGGGUCAGGGCGGCGCAGCUGGUGCUGGCAGGCGGGUCCCGCAGCCAUGGCCUCUUCGUGAUCCGCCAGAGUGAGACUCGGCCUGGGGAGUACGUGCUGACUUUCAACUUCCAAGGCAAGGCCAAGCACUUGCGCCUGUCCCUGAAUGGCCACGGGCAGUGCCACGUGCAGCACCUGUGGUUCCAGUCCGUGCUCGACAUGCUGCGGCACUUCCACACCCACCCCAUCCCAUUGGAGUCCGGUGGCUCGGCAGACAUCACCCUGCGCAGCUACGUGCGGGCCCAGGGCCCCCCACCCGAGCCGGGGCCCUCGCCCAGCGCCGUGCCUGCGCCCCCCGCCUGCUGGAACGAGCCGGCAGGCCAGCAUUACUUCGCCAGCCUCGCUGCCACCUGCCCGCCUGCCUCGCCCUCGGAGGCCGGUGGCGCCUCGUCCUCCUCCGCCUCGUCAUCCUCAGCUGCAUCCCUGCCCGCCGCCCCGCGCGCCGCCGCGGAGGGCCCGCCGAGCGCGCGCAGCCGCAGCAACAGCGCGGAGCGGCUGCUGGAGGCGGCGAGCGCUGCAGAGGAGCCCCCUGAGGCCGCGCCCGGCGAAGGAUCGCGCGGCCGCACGCGUGCGGUGGAGAACCAGUACUCCUUCUACUAGCCCGGCGGCGCGGGCGGCGCCCAGACCCUGGGGCCUCCCGGACCCGCCCGCGGCCGCCCCCGUGUCCAUCCGUCCAGCGGACCCUGUCGGCCCCAGUCUGGGCGCUGGGUGGGAAAAGCGAAGCUCUUCAAUGAAGACAUAAAUGUUAUUAAAGAGCCUGUUUUAGGGACUGCA